AACCUUACAAAUUCUCAGCAUAUAGUUUUAGGUAGAUAACCAUAAGUUGCGUCUUUAAUUGGGCCAAUACUACAUACGACGAGCCAGAUAAACAUGGCAGACCCAGUGUACCCGUCGACAAUGCGCUACCGAGAUCGUUUAAGCAUGGCGAACGAAGAUGUCCACAAGUACAACAGGCUUUAUUUGACGCCACAUGAGUCGGACGUUUGGACGCGCCUGACUUCUGAUGCGGGUCUCCGCCAGAGUUCAGCACGUUCCAUCCCUCCGUUCCAGGAGGGUCAAGCGCAAGUAAACUACAGCUUUAAGAACAGCGGGUUUGACAGCAACACCUGCCCAGCACAGUACACACAUAACUCCUUCAAGCAGGGCUUGUACCAGCACGGCACGCCUAUUGAGCAGCAACACAAAAUAACUGCCGGACGAUUUAAAAGGGCGUAUCCUCUGGAUUUCAUGUGCCAAAUUCGGCCAGAGACUGAGACAACCAACCAGGCCAUGCGGAUGCUCGGCACAUAUUCAUCAGACAUAUCGCACGCUGAGCGCAUCGGCCUCUUCAUCCCACAAGGCUGCCCCGGCGGCAAGCCCUCCUACCACCCAGACGUCACCACAAGCGGCUAUGGGCUCGCACCUACGCUGCCACGAAGGGGCCUGAGUCAGACGCUCACAGAUGGCCGCCAUUUGAAGUAGACCUGUAAGGCGAUAAGCAAAUCUCCAAGGCGAGGGGGGGCUUGGACGGAAAGGGUGUUAGUAGACUAGGGUGAUGCCGGCUUGCAACUAUGUCGACUACGUGCCACAAUGUGCUUAUCAAGACUGCAUACAGGAUUCAUAUCAUGAGACCAACCAUCAGUUGACCGAUUUGCCUGGAAGACGCAUCCACUGUAGUGUAGCAGUUCUGCAGAUGUAAAGGGUGUUGAUAUGUUACUCUUUUGGAUUCAGGCGACCGGCAGGGGUACUAGGAAUUUUCCUGAUAUUGGAUUGGCAAAGGAACGGCGCGCGGAGGAGUUCCCAUAUGGAAUUUGGGCAGGGCCGAUAGGAACACGUGGAGGACAGUCGUUAACAGGUAGUUAUUACACACUUCUCUCGCCCAGUUUCGCGGCUAUGCCCCUUGCUUAGCUACGACCAUUCCCGGCGCGCAAGGUUUCCGCAAGCUGUUGUUUCAAGGUAGCAGGCGAUAGCUGUAGGACUUCAGUUAGUAAGGCGGUUAUGUUGCGAUUUCGUUCCCGUUGUACAGAUGCACUGCUGCUAGUACCUGCGCACUCGUGUUACCCAUAACCGAUGCGUCCUUUAUGUAGAGCGAUCUUCCGUGCCAUGGAGCAUUAACCUCACUGUUCACAUGCGUUUUAAAAAUUCAACGUAUGUGACAGGUGACCACGCUCAAAUGUUAUACGUCUCUCUAGGAAUUUAAACACGCGUUUUU